GCUCAACAUAGACCUUUUCAACCGACAACUGUUGAUCGCAUAUCGUGCCAAUCUCUCUGAUCUAUCCCCUCAAAACACUAGCGUUAUAGCAAACAUGACCAUCCAUGCCUUGUGGAUCAUCAGUAAAGCCGGUGGUCUCGUCUUUUCUCGAUCCUACAGCGAUGUCCUUCCCCCACUCCCGGUCAACACGAUCCUCACACUCGCCGGUAUCUUGCACGGUAUACACGCCAUCACCGCCCGCCUUACCCCCGCCCCUUCACCUGGUCAGCCCGUAGAGGGAUUGGAUAGUUUUGAAGCAGAGGGAUGGGGAGGAAAGGUUUUCAUGACGCCGACUGGGACAAAGUUUGUGGUUCUGCACUCUAUACCACAUACGGGCCUUGAAGACCUGGCGAGACGGAUAUACGAGAUCUGUAAGUUUUCUCGAGUGAACGUUCGCAUGUGUUCUGGGGAUAGGUGCUCAUACGUGAUAGAUGCCGACACUGUCAUGAAGAACCCAUUCCACACAUUAGAGAUGCCGAUCAAUAGCUCGUUAUUUGACGAGAAGCUGGGAGGGCUCAUCGGGGGUGUGAACGCUUCUUAGAAAGGAGUUACGUGUGUCUUGAAACCCCCGGAGCUGAAUGUUGUAAUUGUAUGAAGGUCUUUGGUAAUGC